AUGCUCCCCACGCCAGACACUUCACACGUGUCCUACUCACGAGUCUACGAGCCAGCAGAGGACUCCUUCCUCCUCCUCGACACGCUCUCCUCGCCCUCAGAGACCGCCUUCCUGCAACAACGCUUCGGCUCGACGACGACAACGACCAGCCCUCACAGCCACGACCACCGCCCGCCACCACCACCCCCCCUGGUCGUCGAGGUCGGCACCGGCUCGGGGGUGGUCCUGGGCUUCGUCAACGCGCACGCGCUCCCCAUCUUCGGCACCCGCGGCGUGCUCACCCUAGGCGUGGACGUCAACGCCUUCGCCUGCAGCGCGACGGCCGCAACGGCCGCGCGCGCCGCCGCCGACAACCCGGGCACGCACGGGCGGUUCCUCGGCGCCGUGAGGGGCGACCUGCUCGCGCCGCUGCGGGCCGGCAGCGCCGACGUGCUGGUCUUCAACCCGCCGUACGUGCCGACGGACGAGCUGCCGGCGCAGGACGACGCGCGGCUCCUCGGCGGCGCGGGGAAGCAAGGGGAGGGGGUUGAGGAUGAGGAAAGGAGCAUGAGCGCGAGCGCCAGGUUCGACCGCGACUCGUACCUGCUGUCGCUGUCGUACGCGGGCGGCCGGGACGGCAUGGAGAUCACGGACCGGCUGAUCGAGGGCCUGCCGGGCGUGCUGAGCGCGAGGGGCUGCGCGUACCUGCUGCUGUGCGCGGGCAACAAGCCCGAGGAGGUCAAGGCGAGGAUCCGGGGGUUUGGGCCGGCGUGGCGCGUGUUGACCGUCGGGGACAGCGGGAAGCAGGCCGGGUGGGAGAAGCUUCAGAUCAUUAGAAUUUGGAGGGACGCUGAUGACGACGGCGGAGGCCGCGGAGGCAGUGACAACGACACUGGUACCUAA